GGACUUGUGCAGCUGCUUGUCAACAAGAUGGCCUUCCUCCUCUCGCCGUUUUAACACAGAUUAUUUUGGUAUCACUGAGAACAUACUGUGAAAGCCCGUGACACUUCUGAAUAGACAGCGGGAGAGCGAUAGCUGGGCGACCUGAUUUAGCGUGCGGUCAAGUGGACUAUUUUAAGGAAACUGACAGGCUGAAAUGCUGCGAUAGUGGCCAGCACUAAGCAAGGUUGAUAAAACAGAAAGUAGCUGUGGGCUAUUGUCGACGUUAGCCUGCUAAUGGGUUAGCCUAGCUACGCGGACUCGGAUAGUCAACUCGUGUCACCUGUAUUUGACUAGUUUGGCUGAAGGAAAACACAGCGAACAAGGACUUGUCAUCUACCUUCUGCUCAACGCGGGGUUUCUGUGGAGAACAACCCAAAAGAAAACAUCUGGGACAUGUUGGAGAAGAUCUCGGUUCCUUGCCCGGUGUUGGUCUUAUUGCCAGUGUGGUGGCAACUGGAACAAUGAGAGCUCCUGGUGUCUGCUGGCCAGCAUAGAUGCAGAUAUGCCGCGGUGGUCCUCAUCCUGAUGGACCGAGACACCUUCUCCCACAUCCGGCUGUGGUGCCCUCGCCCCUUCGGCACCUACUCCCAGAACAAAGCUCGGAGUCCGGGCUCGGGGGGCAGCAGUGGAGGUGCCAGCGGAGCAGGAUCCCCCUCUGUCUGCAAGGCUGAGCUCUCUCAAGGUGCCAGGAGGACGCCAGAAGAAAGUGAAGAUGUAGGGAUGAUAGUUGGGGUUAAGGAGGGAAAGGAGGAGGAGGAUGUGGGGUCGGAGAACACGCCACCUGAACCUGAGCUUGAAUCUAGCUCCAUGACACAGACUCAGGCCUCUCAGCCCCCUUCUGCUCCGCCCUCACCACCCAAUACAGAGUCUCAGGUGCAAGAUGGGCGUGUGCUGUUGGACACCUGGUAUGUUAUAAAACCAGGGAACACAAAGGAGAAGAUUGCCUUCUUUGUUGCACAUCAAUUCAGUGGAGCAGGCCAGCCCAGACCAAGUGCCAUGAAGGUUAAAGGUAACUGGGCAACAGAUUGCAGUAAAGCCAAAAGACGGAGGCGGUGCUCAUCUUACGACCCUCCCACACGCUCCCAAGCUCCAACUCCUAACACCUGCAUUGGACCUCCAAGCAACGAUGAGCUACCACUGGGUGUGAAUGAGACGGAUCUACUUUCUGUGGCAGAGAUGGUUGCCUUGGUGGAGCAGAGGACCGCCAUGGCCCUUCAGGGCAUUGUGGCUGUUCAUGGAAACCAGCACCACCACCAGUCGCUUACCACCACUCACAGUCAGGGCUUCACCCCCAGCCAGCACACUCUGCUCCGGGGUACAGUGUCUGACCCAUCUCCUAUGCUGUUUGAAUCAAACAACUCAGACAGUCAGGCCUCUAGAGAAUCCCAAAAGCCAUCAUCUCCAAUCCAGACGGACCAGGAGCUCGAGGAGCAGCAGGAGUCGUGCAGGGUAGCUCAGGCCAUUGCGCACUUCGAGUCUCAAACCCUAGAGAAUCGUCUCCAUAUGGGUCGUGGAUCUGGAGUACACUCGAGUAAUCAAGGCGGAGAUGGAGAGCACAAGAGAGGAGACACUGUAACGCCACCACCACCACCCAACCACAGCCACGGGGAGGUCAGGAUAGCUUUCAGAGUCUCGAAUAUGGACCCACGUUUGCAGCUGGAGCCAGAUGGCCGGUCCCGCUGUAUGUUUAUGAGCUGUGGUGGUGGAAGUAACCAGGCAGCUGCCAGGUCCAAAGAGAAAAUCACCUGUGACUUGUACCAGCUCGUCAGUCCGUCAUCAAGAGAUCCCAGUAGUCUGCUGCUUGCUGCCACAGCUUCCACUCCCAAACCAGACGAUCAAGACAAGUCGACCUGCAGCGGCCCGGACCCCACCCAGGAGCUCUCCACAGGGGAGAAGAAAGCUGCAGGUGUGGGGAGGGAACGAGUGACUGGGUUCCAUGUGGAGGUGGUGGUGACGGGUGCUGUGGACCAAUGCGUCUUCUACGGCAAGGACAGCACAGAGAAUGUGCAGGAGGAGACUGUGUGUUUCUCAAUGCCUACAGGGGGAGGCAGUGGUGUUGGAAGCUCGACUGACCCAUCAUCAGACGACCCCCCUCCCGGACAGCUCUUUUUCCUUCAGUCUCCUAGGGGACCAGAGGAGGAUGUAACAGCGAAGACCUCUGGCAGUGGGACAGGAGUGUGCUCUUUGGACUGCGCCAACAACAACAGUCCUGGGGCAGGGGUGGCAGUGGGCUCAGGGGAGAGGGCGACACGACCAGACUCUCCUGGUGUCGGGGAGGACUGUUCGGAUCCUUCGUUGUGUCGCCUUUACCGCCACGUGUCCCAUGACUUCCUGGAGAUCCGCUUUCAGAUCCAGCGACUCCUCGAACCCAGACAGUACAUGCUGCUGCUCCCAGACCACAUUAUGGUGAACAUCUUCAGCUAUCUGCCCACUCGCUCCCUGGCAGCCCUCAAGUGCACCUGUCACUACUUCAAGGCACUGAUCGAGACCUACGGGGUGCGGGCAGUGGACUCACGCUGGAACCAAGAUCCCCUCUACAGGGACGACCCCUGCAAACAGUGCAAGCGUCAAUAUGAGCGCGGGGACGUUUCUUUGUGCCGCUGGCACCCCAAACCUUACCACCACGACCUGCCUUAUGGACGUUCCUACUGGAUGUGCUGCCGGCGUACUGACAAGGACACUCCAGGCUGCCGGGUUGGGCUUCACGACAACAACUGGGUGCAGCAGCCUGCCGAUGGCUCCCAGCCCAUCCGCACCAAGAGGGAAGAAAGGAGGGAGGAGGCCAGGUAGAGGGGGCGAGUCUGCCUCGCACAUACCGACUCUCAUCUCAUAAUGCAUACCACCUCCUGUCUCUCCAUCACUGGUCUGAGAACCAGGGUACAGAGAGGGCAACAGGGAGGAAUCAGCACUCCUAGACUGUUUGCUUUUCUCCUCACCUUCUUUCUCAUUCUUUCUCUCGGUAGAGGGAGGUUGAGAAGCUAAGAAGGAAGAGGAGCUUCACACUCCUUGCCUUUUUUUCUUUCCAACUCCUUCAUAAUCCUUCUCUCCCCUGAUGUGCUCUGGAGUGGCUAAUAAGUUUGUAUACCAGGGUUGGGGUCCUCUCCUGCUGCUGUCAGUCUCGUCUCUGCCUCUUAGUCAUUGGGGGGGGGGGGGUUCUGUCUAAAUAUGCACAUGGAUGUUACAGUAGGCGAUUUAUGUGAAAACGUUGCAGUGUUUUGGAUUGAGAUUAGCAUUCAUAAAGUGACGUAUAGAAAUGUAAUGCCCACCAGCGUGCUUUCAGCUCCCAACACUUGUCCUGCAUUCUGUGUUGUCACAAGCAUCCACCUUAGCUGUACAGAGGGGCUUCAAGGGACAUAUAAAACCUUUCAGUGCAGAAUGUGUAGAGUUACUACAGAAAUGUGAUUGUAUAAAGCAAACUUGAUUUUUCUUUUUUUCCGUUGUACAAGAUGCCAUUUGUAGCUGUCCUGCACCAUGCAUUUCUCUGUUCUGAAUGUGCUGUAAUGUUGUAUUAGGUUGAUCAGUCCCCUGAUGAUGCUGCUGAACUUACUGCUCGUCACUGAUGUUCAUUCUGAAUCGGGUUCUGGGUGGGCCCAGUCUGCACGUACAAGCGGUCUCAGAGACCCGCCUCUUUGACGUUUCAGAGCGGACCCUGACCUUGCUGACCUGCCAUAAAUAGGAGCCACUGUCUUGAGUACUGUCUGGUUUACAGAGAAUUAUGGGAGACGGACUUGAAUGGGAUUUAAAAAGAGAAACUAGAUGUCACUUUGGAAAGGCCUGAUGUCACUUUGUAUGGUUUGAUUGGUUUUUGCUUGUUUUGCCAUUUUUGUUUAUUUUGUUUGGCUGUUUUUAUUGGGUUUUUGUGUCUGAAUGUUUGCUGUUGUAUUUGCUUUUAUUCAUGAGGAUUGUGUUCUUGUAUCAGUCUGUCAUCCUACUGAAGCGGCAAGGUUUUCUUUCUUUUUUUUAAUUACUCCACCUUUGUUUUAAGCCCUCUUCCUUCCCUUCACCUCAACAGAGCCAUCAUUCAUACUUUGAAAUGUGUUCAAAUAUCCAACACAAACACCAAAAACUCUCUAUACCAGAUUCCAGCCUUAAAAGCCCCCUACCUCUUACCCACCCUUCUGGAGACUGAGGCGUCAGAUACCUCACGGAUGGCCUAAACAAAUAAUGAACGUUGCACAGAACCGCAUUAGUGGAUCGUUUUCCAAUGCUCCACACACUCCAUUCAGCUCCACUGGACCCACUUACAAUAUUGUAAGUACAAGAACAGUGCCUGCUGAUGGCUCUGACUCUUCAAUCUUGGGGGAUGGGCAAUAAAAAAUGGAAUCUAUUUAUCCGUACCUUCUCUCCUUCGCUUUUAACCUCCCUGACCACCCCGACCCCUGCAUACUGACAGACUGGACAUUGAAGAACUGAUGUGAUGAAUGAUGCUGAAACUCUGCAUGGAGAUGGGAAGAUGGUUGGGUAGUCAUGGGAGAACUCUGUAGGUUGCAGAUGUGUACAAUGCUAAUGGGAAAUAUCUGCUUAAAUAAAAACAGAAGUGAUGAUUAAAACUGGAAAUCUGAA